AUGAAAUCACGAAUUGCCUCCAACCCCAAAACCUCCCUCGAAGGCCGCCUUGCCUCCGUAAUCCUCAAUCUGCCCCUCUCGAGUCGGUGCUCGUGUGGCUCAUUCAAGCGUGAACUCGUGACGUCACGGUUGACCGAACCGGUCGUCCGGUCACUCAAUCUCCCACUUCUGGACGCCCGGUCUGCAGCUGAUUACUGUAGUUGUGUUGCCAAGGUGAUGUUCACAUUCGUCCAACUCGCCAACACCAUCGCAGCUUUGACGGCUCGGCUGAUGGCCAUUUGGGCUAGUUGGGUUGUUUGUGCAGGUUGA